AUGUCUGUGUGUGAGGACAUGUUGCUGUGCAAUUACCGCAAGUGCCGUGUCAAGCUCUCAGGCUAUGCCUGGGUCACGGCUUGCUCACACGUCUUCUGUGACCAGCACGGCAGUGGGGAAUUCAGCCGUUCACCAGCAGUCUGUCCUGCCUGCAACAGUGCCCUCUCUGGCAAGCUAGACAUUGUCCGCACCGAGCUAAGUCCCUCUGAAGAACACAAGGCCAUGGUGUUGGCUGGACUUCGGCCAGAGACUGUGCUGGACAUCAGCUCCCGCGCACUCGCCUUCUGGACAUACCAGGUUCACCAGGAGCGCCUGUACCAGGAAUACACCUACAGCAAGGCUGAAGGACACCUGAAGCAGAUGGAGAAGGUGUACACCCAGCAGCUGCAGAGCAAGGACAUGGAACUGACCUCCAUGAAGAGCGAGGUCUCCUCCCUGAAGAAGGUGCUGGAGGAGUACAAGAAGAAGUUCAGCGAGCUCUCUGAGAAGCUCAUGGAGCGCAACCGCCAGUACCAGAAGCUCCAGGGCCUCUACGACAGCCUCCGUCUGCGCAACAUUGCCGUGGCUAAUCAGGAGGCUGCCCACGAGCCUCCCAUGAUGCCUCAGCCUGCUGUCUUUGGCUUCCCAUUGGGUAAUGCUGCCAGGUUCCCUGGGGAUGCCACACCGGUCCGGGGCAGGUGUGGGGAGGGAGACUUCCACUUCAAACCCUUCUUUGCCACAUCCCCACCUGCGGGUGAAUCCAGCAACAGCUUCUUCACCUUCGCCUCUCCCAGCAACGAGCUGGAGCCACAUCCUGGAGCUAGCAGGGCCUACAAGAUGAAGAGGAUGUAA